GUGAGGGCUGGGAGGGGUGCGUCUUCAGGGGAGAAGGCCGUCGUGGGAAUUAGCCUUCUUUGCCUCCAUAUUUAACUUGUGUAGACCUUAAUUGAAACGUACGGAAGCGCGUAUGCGAACUGGCAGUCUUCUCUACAGCUGUGGAGAGGACGGGGACAGAAGCCCUCCCCGUCGCCACUCCCUCUAGUGGCCGCAUCCAUUUCGCGCGGGCGGCCCGAUUUAAGGGUUGGGUGUAGUGUCAGUUUUAGGGAUCGCAAAGCGUGGGGGCUUCAUGGCCCCGCUGGAAGGCGGCCCGCGGCUGGUGCUGCUGUUCAGCGGGAAGAGGAAAUCCGGGAAGGACUUCGUGACCGAGGCGCUGCAGAGCAGGCUCGGGGCGGACACCUGUGCUGUCCUCCGGCUCUCCGGGCCACUCAAGGAGCAGUAUGCUCAGGAGCACGGCCUGAACUUCCAGAGACUCCUGGAUGCCAGCACCUACAAGGAGGCCUAUCGGCGGGACAUGAUCGCCUGGGGGGAGGAGAAACGCCAGGCUGACCCAGGCUUCUUCUGCAGGAAGGUGGUGGAAGGCGUCUCCCAGCCGGUCUGGCUGGUGAGUGACACACGAAGGAUGUCUGACAUCCAGUGGUUCCAGGAGGCGUAUGGGGCUGUGGCACAGACGGUCCGUGUGGUGGCCUCGGAGCAGAGCCGACAGCAGCGGGGCUGGGUGUUCACACCAGGGGUGGACGAUGGUGAGUCAGAAUGUGGCCUGGACAACUUUGGGGACUUCGAUUGGGUCAUCGAGAACCACGGAGACCCACAGCGCCUGGAGGAGCAGUUGGAGAAGCUGAUAGAAUUUGUCCACUCCAGACUUUAGUCAUCAGGGGCUGCGGGGUGAGGGUGGGGCUGACUGUACCCCACAGGUGGCUGCUGAUGCUGGCCAAGGUGGGGAGCACACAGAGGGCCUGGGGCUUGAUUUUGGGGGGGGCUGGCAGAUGUCAGGCAAACCAGGAAACCUUCAGGACUUCAUUUCUUUAUGGGCUGCACAGCCCUGCCUCUUAGGGGGAGACUUAAAGGGCAGAGGGGGGUGAACCGGCUGUGCUUGAAGCAGACACCAUCUCCACGGCUGCCUGGCCUGUUGGCCUGUGGUGGCCUUGCUUUCUCUUCAGGAUGCUUUCAGCCCCUGGUGCUGGGCAAGCGUGUGGACACUAAUAAAGCUCCUUGGAGCACAUGCUCAGAGCCGGACAUCUCUCAUUUCCCAGACACCAGCCCAGCCUGUGUGGGGCUCAGGUGCACGGGUCCCUGUUCUCCUCCGACGUGGGCUGGAGCGGAUCGUGCAGAUGCUGACCUUGGCCUGCGCCAUGCAGGCAUCGGGUCUGUUUGUGUCAGAGACAGGAUUGGGAUCUGAGGGUCUCAUCUUCUGGGAUGGCCCCAAGAGAGGCUCAGUGCAGCAAGUCCCCAGAGGGACGAAGGUCUCACAGAGGGGCAGCGGCAUGGGAGAUGGAAGGCUCCUGGCAGCCACUGUGUGGUCCUGGACAAGUCCCAUCACCGUGGGCGAGGGCCUGGGACGUGGCCCCGUUUCUUCAUUCAGCCUUACACAAUUCCUAAUUUCUGGCGCUUCCAGCUAACCAGGCCUGACAGCUUGACAGUCGUCGUGGACGCCUCCGUGUCCCCUGACUGCUGGGGCGAUUUGGCCACCAGGUUCUGUUAGCCCGCCCUGCCUGUGUGUCCUUUGGGGUUGUCACGGGAGGGUGGGCUCUGGUGGCGGGGGCCCUGUCUUUUUCGUUUGUGCCCCUGGCUCCUAGAGCUGUGUCGGCCCAUAGUGGGCGCUCAGAAGGGGAUGUGACUGAAUGCCUGGUGAGAAGAACAAGAGGUCACGCUGGUGUCAAGCACAUGCUGCCUCGCCCCCAUCUGCGGGCGCUGACCCAGCUCCUGGGCCUGGAACCCCCACUCCCCUCCCAGCAUCGAGCCAGGACGGGCUUAGCGACCACGGGGGCCCCUUCCCAUGUGCUCCCCGCCGCCCACUGCUAUUUAUUCAUCCCAGGUUUGUAACCCAAAGAGUUUAGUCCCGGAUUCACCAGACUUGGCCCCAGUGACUUGCUCGACGCCAUGACUGGGAUGGUUCAAAGGCACCUGCAGUGGGCCCCAGAGGGGCACCUCCAGGCAGCAGAGGCAGUGCCCUGGGACUCUGGGAUGGUGCUUGCCAGGCGCGUCAGCCCUGCUAGUCUCCUUCCUUCAAGGCCCCACAGACGUUCUCUGUGGCACUGACUUCAGGUUCCUCCCUGGCACCUUGGGGGACACCUCUGCCUCUCCCAUAGACUGAGAGCUCCUCGGGGAACGGGCCUGAGCCUGUUCAUCUUUGUGUCCCCGUGCCUGGUACCCAGCAAGAGUGGUGAUGGCUGGGGAUGACUGAUGAUGACCGAGUGUCCACCAUGAUCAAGUAUCAUGUUAGGUAUUUUAAAUAGACCCUCAGAAAGAGCUGUUAGAAAAAAAAAAAAAAGAA